AUGUCUGAUGUUUCCGGUAGCAAUGAGUUAUCUUCUGUAAUGGAGAGAGAAAGAAGAGAAUCCAAUGCAUCUUCCUCUGCUUCUAUCAUUAUGGGCCAUGGAAAUCAGAACUUUAGCGUUUUAAGUAUUGUGGAGCAAUGUGUACCUGAAUUGGAACCUUAUUUUCACAACAAAUGGGCUGAAAUGCUCUAUGUGAGCGUACAAAAUUUUAUUGCCACUGCAGUGAUGUCUGUGGAGAAACCAACUUUAUUAUUGAUGGAAUCUGAAAAGAGAGAUCGGUUAAAUGUUCUGAAGAAAAAAUUGGAUGUUCUUAUAAGUGAGAAUGAAUCAUUGAAAAGCAAAUUACUUGCCGCAGAGGCAUAUAUUUCAAAACUUGAAACUGAAGUGGGAAUAAGAAGAGAAGGAAAUAUUUCACAUAGUGAUUCACCGGUAGGAAACACCGAUCCAUCGUCAACUGACAAUUAUUCUCGUCAACAGCAAGAGCAACAAACCCCAAACAAGAGAAUACCAUCUUCACACUCUUUUUCAUCACUAAUUAUGCCGUCAUCAGCAAGGCAAAGCGCGUCAAAUGCUAUCACCACUCCUUCUCAAAAAGGGUCCAUCUCUCCUAAUUCUCCAAGCACUGUUUCUUUAUCAAACGCAAGUAACAGCACACCAACCGAACAAGGCAACAUUACAUCAGCAAGUGUGUUUGAUAAUAUUCAACUUUUUAAUGUUAAGCAUGUGUAUCCUACAAAGGUCUUUAUUGGUCACAAAGAUUACAUUACCUCACUCAAAUUCUCUUUUGAUGGAAAAUAUUUGGCAUCCAGCUCCAAAGAUAACACCGUUAGGAUAUGGUCCUUAGUAGGUAAUAAGGAAUCUGGAAAUACUACCUCCUUUGGAUCAAUACAGACCUAUGAAUGUGGAACCAAAGCCAUGUGUAUCGACUGGUGGUCAAUAUCGAGUGGAAAAAGAGGAUCUUCAUCAGGUUAUAAUAAUGUAAUUGUAUGCGGAUUGAAUAACAGGAAAGUGAAAAUACUUGAUUUGGAUAAGAGAAAGUGCACGGGUGAAUUUUGCACAGAAAUUUUCUAUCCGAAAGUGAAUGCUAUUGCAUGUUGUGGGUCCUCAAUAAGAAAUUCUGAUUAUUGUGUAGUGAGUUGUUCCAGUUAUCAAAAAUCUGAUUCCAACUCAACAUCCUCUAGUACCCCACAAAACAUUGGAAAUUCUUCUCCGAGUAGUUUAUCAGGAAUGCUUCUGGGGUACAACUUGAAUCAAUUGAAAUUGGAAAACAAAUAUCUGAUCCAACCUAAAAAUUUACCAAUACUUGAUAUCAAAUUUAAUCAUAAUGGAACCAUGUUGGCUACAGCUGGAUCUGAUGGAUAUGUGAGAAUUUUCGAUACGGCAUCCAAGCAACAACAAUCAAUUUGGACUUGGAAAGCUCACGAUGGAGAGGUAACCAAUGUGCAUUUCAGCGAAAAUGAAACAUCUGUCUUGACAUGUGGUUCAGAUGGAAAAUUAAUCGAGUGGUCCAUUCAUAACACAGGAAAAAUAUUGAAUCAAAUUCAGAUACAAAAUCCAGUUGCCUUUGGCUCUGAAAAGCAAAAUUCCAAUUGGAUUAACACCAAGAUUAGUCUUUGCUCCACAAGUGAACGAAUGUUUGUUCUAAAUUAUCCAGGAACAGUGUUCUCUCUACUUCACAAUAGUCCCACACACUGUCUAAUGACCAAAGAUUUUUAUUCCAAUGCCUCUACGAAUAAUUCAUCCACCUCAACUGUUUCAGCAAGUGACUUCUCACCCAUGACCAAUGUAGAUUGGUUUAAUGCUGCAUUUGGUGGCUCUUCAGGUGGCAACUAUCAAUACCUCAACUGGAUUGCUGCUUCACAUGGAAUGAAUAACAAUAUUUAUUUGUAUAAUAUGGACCUGAAUGUAUAA